AUGCCUCGCAACGCCGCGCUCGAGUUGUUUACUCCGACGGCGUCUAUACCCGCGGGUCACGGGGUUCGGCAACGGCCAGAGCCACCGCGACUUCGCCGAUGCGAGGCACGGUGCUUCUCGGCGGUGGAAAAGGCCGACGCGGAGGAGAUGGUGUUUACGUUUCGAGUGCCGGACCUGACCAUACCAGAGCUCGCGGCGACGGACCGGAUAAGCGAGUACGAACGGACGCGGCUGGCCGAGGAGCGGACGCGGGACUGGCUGCGCGACGUGGCGACGCGACUGGCCGGCCUGCCGCUGGGGCCGGAGCUCGGGGUGGCAGCGGCGGCGGUGAUGGAGUGGGAGGCGGGUAGACGAGAGAGAGAGGCGCGGAGGGAUGGCGAGGAUAAGUUGGGUGGUGGGAAUAUGAGGAGAGGUAGGACGAGGAGCAAGGGGAGAGAAGGAGAGGAGCAGUGGUGGGAGGAUGUGGGUGCGGUGCUGAGGGAGUGCAGUGAGUUUUUCGACCCGAGCCUAUUCUCUUUACCCCAACGAGAGUAG